CAUAGUGAACAUAAAUCGUUGUGAAUCAAUUCAGAAUUGAGAAAUAAAACUUUAGAAAAUGCUUGAAAAUAUGGAAAACUUUGAUUUGGAUCCUGAGUUGUGUGAAUGUACAAGACUUAUUUCAAACACCUUUGUCAUUAACUCUGCUGGCAUUUCUCCAUCCUCAAGAGAAAUGCAACAACAUGCUCGUGGAGUACAAAAUCGUUCAAGUAUUGCACCAACACAAAUUAAUUUUGGUUUCAAAUGUGACUCUCCUAUCAAAGAAAACAACAUGUUUGAAGACAUAUCAUUCUACUCAUCAAAUAACCCGGUGUCAAGUCCUCAGCCAUGUCCAAUUAGCCCGUGUCGAGAGGAGUUAAACUUACUUUCCCCUGAUACUAGUCCUUCAGUGUUCAUUAUUGAUGGUACAAUGAAAAGAUUGCCAAGAUCUUAUAGCCAUGAUGCAUCUUCACGAGACUCUGGUUAUUGUGGUUUUGCUUCAGAUAGCAAUAUUAAGAUAAGUUCUGAUGUACCUUAUUCAUGUGGGUUUCAAUUUAUUGAACCGAAACGACCAGAAACAUUAUCAUCAUCAUCUCCAGCUUCGUUUAAAACACCUUCAAAAUACUCAAAAUUAAACUUUAACAUGUCCAAAAACUUUAAAGUAUUUCAUUCCUUGUCAUCAGAAUCAACUGAAUCAAUGGAUGAUGAUAUGGAUAUGGAACUCUUGGAUAUGGAAAGCUUAGAUGAAAAGGAUACUAUACCCAAUGAUCUAUGCUCUUUGAUAUCAAAAGAUAUAAGAAGCACGUUGAAAACACCUGAACGCAAAAAACACAAUUCGGUCGUAAGAAAAUGCUUAGAUAUGGAGGGUUCAACUGAAAACACUCACUAUAGAGAUUAUUUAAUGCCUAAAAGUAGUACAAUUACUUCCUUAAUAACAACACCAGAGCGUCAAUGUCUGCAGCAAUUGAACGAAAAUAUUACAGUGCUACGUUCAUCAAUUGGAAGUUUCAAACGACCAGACCCUCCUACAACAAGUCCAAUAAUGAGUAAAAGAAUCAAGACUGAAAAUGAACCUCCAGUUCCUUUGGCUUCCAUUGAUCUUGCAUACAAUUCACUAAAACGACCAGUUUUUCGUAAAUCAAUGUCAUUAAAUGAUGCCGGAAUUUUGAGUGCUUUGUCUAGAUCUUCAUCAGAACCAAAUCUUAUUGGGGAUCUCUCAAAACCAUUUUGUCUACCGCUCAUUGAAGGAAAACAUGCUGAUUUGAAAUCAAUAUCAUCAACCACAUUACAAAGGCUAUUGAAUGGAAAAUUCAGAGACUACGUUAGAACAUUUAAAAUAAUCGAUUGCCGGUAUCCUUACGAGUAUGAAGGAGGUCACAUAAUUGGUGCAGUAAAUCUUUUUACUCAAGAACAAAUUCUCGACGAAUUUUUGUAUAAAAGAGAUAAUAUCGAACAAAAUUCUUCUGAUGAUUCAAAGCGCGACAUUUUAAUAUUUCAUUGUGAAUUCUCCUCUGAGCGUGGCCCAAAAUUAUCAAGGUAUCUCCGGGAUAGAGAUCGUAAAAUAAAUGAAUCAAACUACCCUAAUUUAAAUUUCCCUGAAAUCUAUUUGCUUCAUGGCGGUUACAAAGACUUUUUCGAAACAUAUUCGGACUUAUGCGAUCCAAUUGCCUAUCGUCGAAUGGAUGAUUCACAGUUCAGCGAGCAAUAUAAGCAAUUCCGUGCAAAAUCAAAAAGUUGGACUGGAGACAUUCGCUCAACAAAUAAACUCACAAAAUCACGCUCCAGAUUGGUUUUGUAA